GCUGCGAGUGAAGCGCUUGGGGCAGUGCAUGCUGGGAGGAGGCGGUUCCACUCUGUGCUGCUGUGAGAGAUGCCUUUUCCCUUUAUGAGAGAAGUGUUGCAGAACGACGUUGGGACACAUUGGGGGAGGGAUGUGACAGUCGCAGGUAUAGAGAGACAGUUUGCCGGCACUGAGACUGUGUGGGGUAGAGGAACAACACAACUAGAAGGUUCUUGAUAAUGGACCAUAGGAAGGUCCACGUGAGCUUUGAUGAGGUGGCCGUGUACUUCUCAGAAGAAGAAUGGAAACACUUAGAGGUCUGGCAGAAAGAGCUUUACAAUGAAGUCAUGCAGGACAUCAUGAAGACCCUGUGGUCACUAGAAGACAACCUUGUGAGAGGAGACGGAAAGCAAAAUCCAGCAGGCUAUGCAUUGAUGCCACAAUGGAGCAAUGACAAGGGAGCACCAGUGAGAACUAAUCACAGUGAGACUGCAAAGCUAAAACACGAUCAGGGCAAAAACACACAUAUGCUUGGAAACCUAAACCAUAGAUUCCAAGAGAGGGAAGGCUUGUCACAUCCAGACCAAGUUACUGGCCACAAAGACAAUUUAGAGCAUACCUUAUUGCAGGAUAUACAUAAAUGCACGAUAGACAUACUGUACCAGUGUAUUGAUUGCAAGGAGAUCUUCUCCAGCCAGUCACUGUUUGAUGCACACAUGAUCAGACACACUGCCCAGGCUGCAAGUUCAUACAACAAUUCUCCAUGGAAUUAUUUAGGGGCAUCAUGUUUGACGGCAGUGCCAAGUAGAGAAAUGUAUGAGUCUCACUCCAGUUUAGUGGGUGUCUCUGCAUGUGCAGCAGAAGAGAAUUGGUUGCGUUGCCUCUACUGUACCAAACAGUUCUCAGACUUGAGUAUCCUUAUGGAGCAUGAAAGGAGCCACCGGGAACGCAAGGCAUUUAUAUGCUCUGAAUGCGGGAAGAGCUUUCAUAGGCUCUCCAUACUUAAGGUCCAUCAGAGGAUCCACACUGGAGAAAGGCCCUACGCUUGUCCCGAUUGCGGUAAAAGGUUUAGCCAGAGAUUCAAUGUUGUUAUUCACCAGAGGAUCCACACAGGGGAAAGGCCGUACAAUUGCCCCAAGUGCAAUAAAAGCUUUCGUUAUCAGACUACCCUUCUUAAGCACGAGAAGGCAAAGUGUGUUGGAACCAUCCCUACAACAUACCCCCUGCAAAAGGCAAAAAACUUUCAAACGUUGUUGCUCAAGAAUGCCCUGCCACUCAAAGUUACCCAGCCAACCACUAUUCAGCCUCCGUUAACAUCCGAACCCCUUUCCUCGUCUUCUCUGUUGUUUGUUUCCCCCAAACCCAUAAUUGCAACACCAUUUACUUUAGUAUCAAAAAAUAGGUCCAUUGGAGGGUUGGCUCCUCCACUGCAAAACAUUAGCAGGCAUAAAAAUCACAUCAAUGGUACGUCAAUAAUUCCUACAAAAGAUCACCACCCAAUAGAGAAGCAGUUUAGAUGCGGCCACUGCAACAAACAUUUUGUCCAUUGGAAACAACUGAAGGAGCACCAGAAAUCCCAUGUGGACACACAGAACAUGUGCACAGUUUGCAAUAAGAGCUUCUGUAGAAGGUCCACACUCCUCAUCCAUCAGAGAACCCACACAGGAGAGAAACCAUACACGUGCAAUGAGUGUGGCAAAAAGUUCAGCCAGAGAUUCAAUCUUGUCAUCCACCAACGGAUUCACUCUGAUGAGAAGCCUUAUCAGUGUCAUAAAUGCGGCAAAGAUUAUCGAUACAGGACGGCCCUGCUCAGGCACCAGAGAAAUCCUCCCUGUGCUCCAAAACAAAGCUUUUCCAAGUCCACUUUGACAUCUCAUGGAGAGCUUCCUUCACCCUCUAAUCGUGCCUUACAGGGACUGGCAAAUAAUAAACAACAGCCAAUCACUAAGAAGACUUCCUUCUCAACAACUGAAAAAACACGGGACGAAAUUGUGUCCAGAAUGUGGGCAGACCUCUACAAGGGCAUCGAAAUGCACUGCUGAGGCUGGCAGAGGUGGGACAAUGUGUGAUUAAUGUGGGCACUGUGGAAAGGCACUAAAUCUGCCCCUUAACACUGGAGUUCAGAAAAGUAUUUAUACAGAAACAACCAAGGUAAGUUACAAAGAGCUCUGUUUCAUCAUGAAAGUAAAGCACUUGGAACCUCGGCACACAAUGACAUGCUACCACCAUUUAGUUUCCAUGCCUCUCAAACUAUUGUCCACAAACCUUCCCCGUCUCCUCCGACUCCAGCUGAGAAUCCCUGUACUAUAAAAUGGACGCUGCCCGCCCGAACCCGAGGAAGAAAUACAAAGAUCUAACAAUAUAAACGUGAUCUGAAUAAGUAGAGAAAGCGCAAAAAAAAGCAUUCCAAAUCGUGGCACAAAUGUGCAUAUUGCGGCACAGGCUUGAGCAAAAAGCAUGAGAUUGAGGUUCAUCUACGGAGCAACAUGGGGGGAAAGCAAAUGUGGCUUCUUGUCCAAGAGAGACUUCACACCGGGGAGAAACCAUUCAAAUGUCCUGAGUGUGAUGAAGGUUUCCUAUAUAGGCAUGGCCUCCAGAAGAAUCGGAAUCGUGGAUUCUGCAUGUGACUCGACACGGGGAAAUUACACUUUAGUUGAAUUCUAGACACUUCGGUUAGCAAUGCAGACCAGGAAUAUAGGCUUCAUUUAGAGACAAGGGAAUGCUAUGGGGGGAGCUAUGACAUUAGCCAAAUACCUUAAUGGUCAGUAGGGGUGUAAGAUAUUCUACUAGAGGAACACCCCAGGCAGCUCUCUAGCUUAGUAACUCCCCCCAGCUGGGCAUUUGCAUUGCUCUGGCCACUCAGUUCUGUAAUUAGUCAUAUAUGUCCUGUUGUCAGAUGUUCCUUGUUUUAUACAUAACAAGCUCUGUGCACCGACCAAUAAAAUGCUUGCAAUUC